UCGCCGACCUCGCCUCAAAACUCGCCCGCGAUGGAAGGCUCCAGGAUUUCGCCAUGAUUGUCGAAAGCGUCGUGCUUUCGGGCGUCAGGGGAUCAGAGUUCACGGCGGCGCUCAGGGUUGAGCUGGUGUCGAAGGGCAUUUCGCGGGUUUUUGAAAGAGGGGAAGGUGGGGGGCGUUGUUGAUGUGCUGAGUAAGGUUGAUGAGCUCGGGGUUCCGCCGUUGAAGCUGUUUGAUGGCUACGCUAUGGAGUUGCUGGGGAGACAGUGUCGCCGGCUUUUGAAAUGUAGGCAAGUGCAGGAACUUGUUGAGCUCAUGGAGGUUCUUCAAGGUUUUCAUUUCCCGAUCAAAGAACUGCUGGAGCCAUAUGAAGUUAUCAAAGUUUGUGUUGAUAAACGCUGCCCGAAAUUGGCAAUAAGGUAUGCUUGUAUUUUUCCACAUGCGCAUAUUUUAUUCUGCAACAUUAUAAAUGAAUUUGGAAAGAGAAGGGCGUUGGAGUCUGCUUUGACAGCAUAUGAAGCAUCCAAGGAAAACCUGAGUGGUUCUAAUAUGUAUGUCUAUCGCACAAUAAUUGAUGUAUGUGGCCUCUGCAAAGACUACAUGAAAUCUAGGUACAUCUAUGAGGACUUGCUCAAACAGAAGGUCACUCCGAAUAUUUAUGUUUUCAACAGUCUCAUGAAUGUGAACGCACAUGAUUUGACCUACACAUUCCAUGUUUACAGGAAUAUGAAGAAUCUUGGCGUCAGAGCAGAUAUGGCAUGUUAUAAUAUCCUCUUAAAGAUAUGUUGUCUUGCUGGGCGAGUUGAUUUGGCACAGGAUAUUUACAGAGAAGUACAGCAUUUGGAAUCAACGGGAGUGUUGAAGUUGGAUGUCUUCACGUACAGCACUAUUGUAAAGGUCUUUUCAGAUGCAAAAUUGUGGCACAUGGCUCUAAAAGUCAAAGAAGACAUGCUAUCUGCAGGUGUAACGCCUAAUACAGUUACAUGGUCGUCAUUGAUCAGUGCCUGUGCAAAUGCAGGUCUUGUUGAGAAGGCAAUUCAAUUGUUUGAAGAGAUGCUUCUGGCUGGCUCUGAACCUAAUUCGCAGUGUUUUAACAUCCUUCUACAUGCUUGCGUCGAGGCUUGCCAGUACGAUAGGGCUUUUCGGCUUUUCCAGUCUUUGAAGAGCAAAAACUACAAAGGGCUUUCUUUCAAACCCACAACUACGACGUACAAUACUAUGAUGAAGGCCUGUGGUACUGACUACUACCAUGCACAAGCACUAAUGGAUGAGAUGAGAACAAUAGGUCUUUAUCCUAAUCAAAUAAGCUGGUCGAUUUUGGCUGAUAUCUGCGGAAGCUCAGGAAAUGUCAAGGGUGCUUUGCAGAUUUUGACAAAUAUGCGUGCAGGUGGGAUGAAACCUGAUGUUGUUGCAUAUACAACAGCUAUUAAGGUCUGUGUGGAAAGUGGAAAUUUGGAGCUAGCAUUGUCGCUGUUUGCAGAAAUGAAAAAAUAUCAGAUACGCCCAAAUUUUGUGACAUAUAAUACAAUUCUGAGGGCUCGUAGUAGAUACGGUUCUGUGAGCGAAGUGCAACAAUGCCUGGCUAUAUACCGGGACAUGCGGAAUGCGGGGUAUACCAGCACAUGUUUGGGUUGUCAUGAACAAGUACAUUUUGCUAAUUAUGAUUUAUUUUGCAGUUACAAAUCUAAUGAUCGUUUCCUAGAGCAACUGAUUGAGGAGUGGUGUGAAGGAGUUAUACAAGACAGCAAUGCCAAACAAGGAGAGUUCAGUUCCCACGACAAAACUGACAUAGGGAGACCUGGAAGUCUGCUGCUUGAAAAAGUUGCAGAACACUUGCAAAAGCGUACUGCCGAAACCUUAGCAGUUGACCUUCAAGGACUGACAAAGGUUGAAGCUCGGAUUGUUCUUCUUGCAGUUCUACGAAUGAUCAAAGAGAACUACAGCUCAGGGCAUUCAGUAAAAGAAGACAUGCUGAUUGUUGUAGGAGUCCACGAUGUUGAUGGAGGCUCAACUACACAGAAUUUAGAGGUGAAAGAUGCAAUAACGAAACUUCUGCGGGAUGAAUUGGGGCUCAAGGUUCUUGCAACAGGACCUAAAACGGGACUUGAUACGACAGUAGAACCGGAGAACAUUACUGAUUCAGAUCAAGAGUCAGAAGAGAUGACAAGUAGGACCGAAUUAACGACUGACUUGAUAUAUUCCACCAGACGACCCGUUGCACUAGAACGGCUAAAGGUAACCAGGGGAUCGUUGCUACAGUGGCUGCGGAAAAGAAGUGCCUCCAGAAGGUGACUGCUUCAAUUUAUGAAUUCAAACUUGUACAUGUUACUAAAACAACCAAUAAUUAUUCUUUUUUACUUGUGUAUACUGGUACCGCAGAGUAAGCCUGUAUUGUACUGGUAUCACAUGUAAAUUAUACACAACGGGCAGAUGUAAUCCGCAGAAGCAAUGAAAUAAGCUUUUUAUCCUU